CACUUUUCUCUCGUCAUAUCACUGUAGCUCAGCGCCUCGACUCUAUUUGGAACCAUGACAUUUGUGAACACUCUCAAACAGUGGGAUGAGGCAGUGGCCUGUUUCGAACGCGGGGAUUCCGCAGCUGCCCUUGGAACAUUUCUGGACAUCCAGGAAAAGAACUCCAAAAUCUUUUUCAACAUUGGCUGCCUACAUUUGAUCAAUAAGAACCUAGAUGCAGCUGAAAAGGCUUUGGACAGAUGUAUCGGAAAGGAUGAACACUUGGCUGUUGCAUUCUUUCAAAGGGGGUUGACAUUCUACAAAAAAGAAAGGUUUGAGGAGUCUUUUGCUGAUUUCCAACAUGCCUUCAAGGAGUUGAGGGGGAACCAGCUGAUCGACUACCAACCUCUUGGUCUGAGAUACAAAUUAUAUGCUUGUGAGGUACUGCACAACAUGGCGCUGGCCCAUGCUCAGCUGGGUCAGUGGGAGAAAGCCAAGGAGAACCUCCUGACUGCUCUGAAUCUCAGGACUGAGGCCAAACUCAGCCACAUCGACAGAGGUCUGGAGUGCAUCCUGAAGCAGAAGCUAUUUGAGCCAGUUAAGGUCCCGGCGAAAGUGCUGUUCAAGCCAAACAAGAACUAUGUAGCUGAACUGGAGAAGAAGGACUACCUGGGCAAGGCUAAGGUUGUUUCUUCCAUCGUCUUCCAGGAUGAGUUCUCUGGCUUUGCUCCGUUACAGCCACAGGUUGAAGAUAUUCCUACCAGACCAAAAGCGCCUGAAGUUCUGAGGGCUCUGGAGGGAGAGCCUCACACUGUCCUCUUUGAGUUUGUCCCUGAGACAAGUGAUGAGUUAGCUGUGGUGCCUGGCAACAUUGUCUUUGUGCUGAACAAAGGAUCUGACAACUGGGCCUCUGUCAUCUUCAAUGAGCGAAGGGGGCUUGUUCCUUAUAAUUUCCUGGAGCGUUUGGAAAUAACCUUGUCAUCUAAGCAAGAUCAGGAUGGGACAGACAAGGAUGACAUCCCAGGGCCACCUAGACGAGAACCACCGAAUAGACCUCAGAGAAAUUCUGCUUCUGCUACUGAAAAUCAGAGCAUUGGGGACACAAAAACAGAGUCUUGCCAGAGUGAAGAGUUUAGUGACCCUUCACUCUGUGUAGUGAAAGUGCACUUCACAUACACCAUAGCAAUCUGCAUGGUGCCUGGACUUCCCUACACAACAACUCUGGAGAAAAUCGGUAACAAACUGGGCCUCCCUGCCACAGCAAUCACCUUGAGCUAUGCCCAAAUAGAUUCGGGUAAAAAAGUGAUUGAUGAGAACACAAGGAUGGAAGAUGUUUGGAGCUGUGUCCACAAUGGUCGUUUAACACUGUGGUGUGAUCUCAAAGAGGGAGUGAGUGAGCAGCUGCAAAGCCAGACUCACCUAUUGGCGCUUCAUUCCUAUGAGUCUUCAACUCCAGAGGAUCUUGAGUUCCAUCAAGGAGAUACCAUCUUACUUCUCUCCAAAGUUAAUGAAGACUGGUUUGAGGGACAGUGCAACGGAAAGAUUGGCAUAUUUCCGGCAUCCUUUGUGGAAGAAGUUCCUAUGAAAGAUAAAUAAUGUAAAAUGACUGUCAGGAUAAGGAACAAUGACUUCAUAGAGAUUGUGGGAUUUGUUAUUUCUACCUUGAGCAUGAGGUCCGGGAUUCUAUCCGAUCACGCUUUGGCAGCUAUGCACCUUUUAAAGGCAAUGUUCCUACAUUCGUGGAAACUACAUUUAUGGUCCACACUGCAUAUGUCGGCUGACUCAGCUCAAUAUGGGAUUGAAUCCUGGCCUUUGUCUUCUAAUCUGGAAACCACCAAACAAACACACAGUCAGAUUUCAAUAUUUAUGUUGAGGGGAAGGCAUUUAGGUCCGAAACGUCAUUACCUAAGCAAGGACUUUUCUUCAUUGGGCUGAUAUUUAUCCAUUUAUUUCAUGUUAUUGUUAAAGUGUGUUAUAUGUUUUAAUAACCUUUUUGGCCAGCACAAAUCAAGCAUGCCCAGGUUUUCUACAUAUUUGAAUAGAAAUGCAUUAUUUUGUUUGACCUUCUUUUUACAGUUGAAUUCACAUACACUGAGUUUACAUACACUUAGGUUGGAGUCAUUAACUCGUUUUUCAACCACUCCACAUAUUUCUUGUUAACAAACUAUAGUUUUAGCAAUUGGGUUAGGACA